AUGAAUAACAUCAACUUGAUAAGUUUUAACUGCAAAAACGUGACGAGAUCAGUGGAAUGUGUGCGGCAGCUUUGUCGCUCGGCGGAUGUUGUGGCGCUGCAGGAGACGUGGCUAAUGCCGCACGACCUCGGUUUCCUGGCCGCGAUUGACGACGACUUCGCCUGCACGGGUACCUCUGCAGUGGAUACCUCGGCAGGGGUCUUACGCGGUAGGCCCUACGGCGGAGUUGCCCUACUGUGGAGAAAGGUUGCGUUUCCGACGGUGACCGUAGUGAAGUGCAAUAGUGUGCGGCUCGCCGCGAUAAAAAUCGAGCUCAGUGAUCGUUCCAUCUUGAUAUUUUCUGUGUAUAUGCCUACUGAAUCCAAUGAAAACUUAGUGGAAUUCACAGAGUGUCUCAGUGAAAUGACAGCCAUAAUUGACAGUCACAAUGUGCAGUCAGUGUUUAUGUUAGGGGACUACAAUGCGCACCCCGGUGAGUCUUUUGCUACCGAACUUUUAACUUUUUGUGCGGAACAAUCGUGGUCCUGUGUAGACCUGGAACUUAUGCCGGUGGACAGUCAUACAUUUGUAAGUGAUGCGCACGGCUGUCGGCGCUGGCUCGACCACUGUCUUGUGACAAGUGCCGCGCGGCAAUCCGUGUCCGCGGCCUAUAACAUGUAUGACGAGAUUAUUUCUAUUCUGUCGGAGGCCGCUAUUAGUAGUUAUAAUGUUACCGAAAAGCGUAGAUGUAAAUACAUUACCGGGUGGAAUAGGCACGUCCGCGGCGCUCACGAGAAGGCUCGGCUAUGUUUUCAGGCUUGGUUGUAUGGGGGUAAGCCCGGGGCCGGCCGUCUUUAUGAUGAUAUGUGUGAAACAAGGCGCACUUUUAAAUCAAAAUUAAAGUGGUGUCAGAAUAACCAACAACAAAUAAAAAUGGAUAUUAUUGCUGAACUUCACUCAAACAAGAAAUUUGGUCAGUUCUGGAAAAACACCAAUAAAAUGAAUCAUAAGCCGGGCCUCCCCGUCAGCGUGGCGGGAGUGCAUGAGCCAAGUGAGAUCGCCACCUUGUUCUCCCACCAUUUCAGGGUGGACUCGCCUCUGGGGCCAGCGCGGCAGGGGCCCGAUGCUGAGGAAGGUGGUGAGCGUAGUGUUUAUUUUACUACGAAGGAAGUGCGUGCGGUGAUCAAAGGCAUGGUGAGGGGUAAAUCCCCGGGUCACGACAGCCUUAGCAUCGAGCACCUGCAGCACGCAGGUGUACACCUACCCAGAGUGCUUGCUAUGUUUUUUACCAUGUGUUUAGGCCACUCCCAUCUGCCCGAUAAUCUAAUGCGUACUAUAGUUGUACCAAUCAUCAAAAAUAAAACUGGUGAUACAUCGGAUGUAAACAACUAUAGACCGAUCUCACUAGCUACAGUGGUCGCCAAAGUACUGGACAGUCUGCUUGGUCAGCACCUGGAUAAACACGUCUCGUUAAACGACGCUCAGUUUGGUUUCAGGCCCGGGCUUUCCACCGAGAGUGCUAUCCUGUGUCUCAAGCAGACUGUACAGUAUUACACGAGUAGAAAGACUCCAGUCUAUGCAUGUUACCUCGAUUUAUCCAAAGCAUUCGAUCUUGUAUCGUACGAUAUUCUAUGGGGUAAAUUAAGGAAUGAAACUUGUCUACCUAGGGAAAUUGUGAAAUUGUUUAUGCAUUGGUAUAACAAUCAAAAGAAUUUUGUAAGAUGGGCAGGCUCUCUUUCGGGGGAGUAUGGGCUGGAAUGCGGGGUGAGGCAGGGGGGGUUGACCUCCCCCAUGCUUUUCAGCCUGUACGUCAACCGACUGAUCGAUGAGCUCAGCAGCACCGGCACAGGGUGUCAUAUAGAUGGAGUCUGCAUGAAUAACAUCAGCUACGCAGACGAUAUGGUGCUGCUGAGCCCGUCGAUUGGUGCCUUACGAAGGCUCUUAAAAAUUUGUGAAUCCUACGCAGUGGCUCAUGGGCUCAAAUACAACGCGAAAAAGAGUGAAAUAAUGAUUUUCAGGCCGGACAACAAGCGAUACACAUUUGUUCCGAAUUUCACUCUGAGUGGUACAGCUCUAAACAAAGUCGAGCAAUUUAAGUAUUUGGGCCACUGGGUCACCGAAGACCUUAAGGAUAGUGUGGACAUUGAAAGGGAGCGCAGAGCGCUGUCUGUCCGAUGCAACAUGUUGGCCCGCAGGUUUUCACGGUGCACGGGGACUGUCAAAGUUGCACUUUUUAAAGCGUACUGUCAGUCCUUUUACACCUGCAGCCUGUGGGUUAACUAUACACAGCGGACAUACAGCGAUCUGCGCGUUCAAUACAAUAACGCGUUCCGGGUGCUGAUGGGGCUGCCGCGCCACUGCAGCGCCUCCGCGAUGUUCGCGGCGGCUGACACAGACGGCUUUGCGGCCAUCAUGCGUAAACGGUGCGCAUCUAUCAUGCGCCGCACGCGCGACAGUCCCAACACCAUCCUGCGCGCGCUGGCGGACCGGUGGGACUCUCCGAUGCUGGCGCGCUGGAUACGGCUGCACGCAGUCGUUUAGUGAUUUGCCGCCAUCAUCGGGAAGCCCACCCGGACCUGCCACUUUAUGUUUAUUUUAGGUUAAAAAAAAAAAAAAAAAACAUUCUUUAUUACUAACACUAGUAUGUAAGCUCGCAAUUGUACUAACACUAUAUGGAUGUAAUCUUAGGAUGAAUCUGAAAUAAAUGAUUAUUAUUAUUAUUAU